AUGGAUGGCGGGCGGGCCGCAGCCAGCUGGAAGAAGUGCACCAGAGCUGCGCAGGUGCUGGAGCUGGUGUUGGAGAAGCCGGGCUCGUCAUGGGCAGGGCUUCCGUCAGACAGGCUGGUCUCUGCUGCUCAUGCCGUGGCCCGAUGGCAUCGGUACGCGAAGAGCACUGGAACCGCCAGAGCUGGCAGGGAUACCGGCAAGGAUGCAGAAUGGCUAAAGGCAGCUUCGCUGCUUGUUUCGCGCACAGCAGAGCUGCAACCCAGCAGCCUGGCAGCGGUUUGCUGGGCCUUUGCCUCCACCUCCACGGGCGUGUUUUUGCCACGUGUCAUGGAGUCAGCCAUUGCCAAAGUUCACGAGCAAGCUGCAGCCGAUCUCGGGCGACUUGCGUGGUCCGCUGUGGAACUGGUGGAUGUUGCCACCGCCAGGAAUGCACUCCACUGCAUCCUUGAGGCGAUGGCACGCAAGAUGGCGUCUCACCCUGUGCAUUCCUUACAAAUUCUGGACAUCGCCCAGGUGGCUUGGUCCAUGGCUCGAUUGACCGUCCGAUCGGACACAGCCGUGGCUUUGAGGCAAGCAGCCAUCUGUAAGCUUUCAACAUGUUCAACAUGUGACAGCCGGCACUUGUCCAACCUGGCAUGGAGCUUCGUGAAGCUGAGCUGCGCAGAUGAACCUCUCUUGAAGCAUCUCGCUGCUCGUGCAGUUGACACAGUUGGCACACUUCAUCCUUUUGGCCCUCAGGAGCUUUCCAAUACUCUCUGGGCAUUUGCAGCCGCAACCCACGCACACACAAUGCGCGAUGCGGAUGUGUGGGGAUGUCUGAACCAGCUGUUCGCCAGUGCCCAGAGCAUGCCAGGAUCCUUGAGCGGCCAGCAUCUGGCCAACAUUCUUUGGGCUGCAGCAAGGCUUGGGCCUCUUGGGCCUCUUGGGCCUCUUGGACCUGGCGGAUCGCAAGGUAGGCAGCCCCAGCCCGGCACGCUCUCCAAUGUCUUCUUGGUGUUGGGGCAGGCCUUGGUUCGAGGGCGUGUGGUGGAACUGGCCCCUCAGCAACUGGCUGCAAUCGUUUGGGCCUGCGCAGCAGCAGGUGGGGCAUCAACCCAAAACAAGCGAUCAGGAGGCUACAGAGACCCAGAGCUGUUGGCGGCGCUUGAGGGCAAGAUGGCCUGCAGACUAACAGAGAUGACUCCUCGAGCGUUCGCCAAUGUUUUGUGGGGUUUCGCGACUUUGGCAUUCUUGUCUGAGAGCCCCCAUGCCCGUGCUCGGCUGUAUGCUGCUGCCGUGUCCCACAGUGCAGAGAUGUCCGCUCAAGAAUUUGCAAUCACCGCGUGGUCGCUGGGAACCCUCCAGGCAGUGGUUCACCUCCAGGCAUUGGCAUCAUUAGCUGCAACAGCGAGCACAGCCCAGCUGCCCUCCUCUUCAGCAACCAAUGAGGUUGCCAAUCUGGUUUGGGGCUUGAGUCACGCAGGGCUCUCCGCAGGGCUCUCUGCAGGGCUCUCCGAGUCCAUUCCUAGCCCACUUCUUGAGAUGAUUCAUGGCUCGAUUGAGGGACUGGCCCACCAGGCUGCACAUGGUGAACCCAUCGACCUUCGUGGCCUCUCGAUGCUUGCUCGUGGCUUGCUGAAGCUGAGUCUCCGUGACGCAUUUCACGGCCUUCUGGAUCAUGCGCUUGUUUCCGUUCCCGAACUUAGCCCGGACUUGGCAAGCGCCUUCCUCGUCGGCGCGACGGAACUGGGCGACGCUCAACAUGAUUGCGAGCGCCGUGUGUGGGCACACCUUGGCCUGGGAGACGGUGGAGGUGAAGGCGGUGAAGGCGGUGAAGGCGGUGAAGGCGGUGAAGGCGGUGAAGGUGUGCAGAAGUGGCCUUCGAGAGUCGGGCGCGAGGCAGAGCUGCUGCGAUUUGUACAGCGUUUUGCUUCAAGGGGCGAUGCGCAGGCCGUACUUUCAAUGGUGGAGGCAUUCUGCAAAUCCAGAAAGCUUUGGCUCAAAGUCGCUGGCAGCGAGAAGGCACAGGUGCUGGAACAGGUGCUAGAAACUUUGCGGCCGAACUCUGUCCUGGAGGUUGGGUGCUAUGUGGGCUUCUCCGCUAUCCGCCUAGGGGCUGCGGUGCGGAACUGGGGUGGCCGAGUCGUCAGUCUUGAAAUGGAUCCCGUGUUCGCUCUCAUUUCACGAGAGAUGGUGGCUCAUGCGGGGCUUUCGGAGGUUGUGGACGUCCGGGUAGGACAUAGCGAGCUCAUCCUUAGCCGACUCCCUGCAAAGUCCUUUGACAUGUGCUUCUUCGAUCAACGCGGAAAUCGGUUUCUGGAAGAUUUGGAGCAGUUGGAACGGAUGGGAAAGCUGUCACGGAAAGCGGUCGUGGUCGCCGACAAUGUGCUCAAGCCGGGUGCUCCCGCCUUUCUAUGGCACGUCUGCUCCAAAAGCCAAACUUGGAGGACGCUGAUCGUGGAGCUUCGGGAUUUUGGCACGUGUGGCGUGCUCGAUUGGAUGUCUGUGUCCCAAAGAGGGGCCACGAGGGGUGAGCCGCCCAGAGGCUGUGACGGCAGCAUCCCUCAAGCGAUCCAGCACUUGGCAUGGCAGGCAGAUGACAUGCGCUGGAGAAGCAUUGACUACCACGUAGCUCCAGAAGAGUGGACGGAGUUUGCCGAGUACAUGAAGACAUCGCUGAAGAGCGCUGGACUUGAGGCCGAGCUGCGGGACAUCCGAGACCUUCCCUUGAUGAGCUGCUGGCUGGAAACGGCACCAGACCGAGACACACAAACGUCCGAGAACGAUCCUAGGCAAUGGGGGUUGGCAGAUUGA